CCCCCUCCCCCGCCCCAUAGCAACGCGCCCCGCUCAAGUGGUGACGGCGGGAGGUGGUGAGGGCGGCGUGCGGUGAUCGGGGGGUCGCGGGGAGGGCAACGGAGGAGUCGCGGGGACGCCGCCGCCGCUGUACCGACUGUUCCCCGUCCUCAACUCUUCGGGCGAGGUGGUCGCCAGCAGACUUCACGGCGACAGGCUUUAGCGACGAGGCGCUUUUACCUCAGCGACGCCGUCGCGAUUUCGCGGGAGCCGGCGAGUCGAUCACGCGCAGUUGACAGCGCCUCUCUCAACAACCACCCACCCCCAUCAGAUUUUGCGGUGAUGCCAGACACGGAGCACUCAGCUCUCACCACAAGAUGGGCUGGGCACCAGCAGACCGCAGGCGAGCCAGAGAGGGGCCUGCACACCGACCCACAGCCAGAAGCUGUGCAGGAGGCUCUACCCGAGCCUGAGCCAUCUCCUCUCGCCAAGAGAGUCCUGCAACUCAUCCAGCAUCUGCAGAUAAAGACCUCCAAAAACAUCUCAUGUGACUCUCCACGUCCAAUAAUGCCCAGACGUAAUCGUGAAGGUGAACAACACAAUGUUUUGGACCAAAUGGACCUUCGUGUAGAAGGCAAAGAGAUGUACGCAAAAGGCGACGGAGCCGGCACGGAGCCCUGCGGCCACGCUCACCUGCGCCUGGACGAGGCGGCCGCGCUGCUGAGCUCCAUGGAGCGCGAGCUGCGCCGGCUGGAGCACUCGCUGGAGCAGCAGAGCAGGCGCUGCCGCCGGCUGGGCCUCUCCGUCGAGCAGCUGGUGCUUGCGAGCCUGCGGGACGCUCCGGCCGAUGUGCAGAAAGAGCACGACCGGAGCGCCCCCGAGCUGUGCGAGCUGCUCCCUCGGCUCCAGCAGGCGGAACGAGAGGCGCGGGCGCGGCGCGACGCGGUCGCUCGCGCCGCCGACCGCGGCGGCCGCUUCCGCGACGAGCUGGAGGCCGUGCGGAGGCAGUGCCCGCUCGUCGAGGGCAAGAUGCGCGCAGAGGCCGCGGCCGUGGAAGACGUUCGCCAUUCGCAGGCGCAGGCCUCUGCGGUGCUGAGCUCCGUGCUGGCCCAGCUCCAAAAGACGGAGGCGCGGCACCACGCCGUGUGUCAGGACGCCGAUCGCCAGCGACGCUGCACAAGCGAGGAGACUGGCGCUCUGCAGCAAUCGUUGAGAGAGCUGCAGACGGAGGUCUCGCAGGCACGGAGUCUGUUCACCGCGUACGAUCGGAAAAUUGCCGAAUCGAAGAUUAAAAUUGAGGAGAUUGAGAAGAUUCACAAGGCCAUGCAGGAGCAAUGUAAGGAGCUGAACGCGGAAGAGGCAGAGCAGCAGAUGGAGGUGAAGAAGAUCGAGAAUAUACUCAGGAAGCAGGAACGCAAGCACAACAAACUUAUUCAAGACUGCAACGUCCUGCAAGAACAAAAACAGAACCUGAGACUUCACCUGGAGAUGGAGAUCAAAGCACUUCAGAGCAAAGAGCAGGUGUACACCAAGCAGCUGCAUCACCUGCAUGAAGAGAACAAGGCUUCCGCUUUGGAACUUAAGAACUUGAGAGGCCAGGCCACCAAAAGUGAGCUGGCGACGGAGUCGGUGCUGACAGAGACGCAGCGUUUCCUUGGCGACGUGGCCAAGAUGGCCGCGCAGCAGGAGCAGCUGCCGGUCACGCUUGCCUCCGUGCAGGCCAAGAGGUCGCGCGUCGAGGCCGCCCUCCAGCAGGCUGAGAAGGUCGCGCGGAUGAAGGAGGCCAACCUCAAGAAUACUGUGGAGACAAUGAAGAGAGACCUGGCGCGAGAGGUGAAGAGCAAGGAGAGAGCUGAGGCCGCGCUGGACAGGGGGCGAGCGGAGCUGCAGCGGAGCCGCGCCGAGGUGGAGGGGGAGUGCCGCGCUGCGCAGGCCCGCGCCGCCCACGCGGCCGAGCGCCGCCUGCAGAUGGAGGGCAGCACGGACAGCGAGCGCCAGCAGCACGCGCACAGCCAGCAGAUGCUGGAGUCACUCCAGCAGCAGCUCGGGGACGUGUCCCUCAAGAAGGCGACCAUGGAACGGGAGCUCAAGGAGCAGACGGCGGGGAUUGAGGUCGCACUGCGAGCCGCAAAGGAGCGGAGGGACGAGGCGGUCCCACAAGCACAGCACAUGCAGGAGACAGCGCUCGUGCUGCGCGAGGAGCUCGCCCGCCUGCGCCCUUCGCUGCUCAUCUUCGACAAACUCCGCACGAACACGGAGGAGGCCCUGAACCACUUACAGAGCGAGACCGGGGAGCUGCGCGGCCGCUGCGAGGACAGGCGCGCCGUGCUGACGGCCCUGCGGGACGAGCUGAGCGCGUGCGUCGCACGGAGUCGCGGCUCGCGGACCGCGCACGCCGCGCUCGUCGCCUCGCGCGCCCGCGUCCUCGGCGACGCCGAGGCUGAACUGGAGGCAGAAUUGCGGAGUAACUCGACGCUGGCCUGCCAAUAUCGGGAAUUGCAAGAGAAGCACUUGGAGACAAAAGCUCGAACCGCCGCCCUCUGUGAACAGCGACUGAGGCUGGAGUCCGCCGUCCAAGACCACGAGCAGCUCCAGCUACUGCAGGCCCGCAUGCAGGCGUUGCUGAUGCGCUACCUCCGCCACAGAGGCCUGUGUGGUCAGGCCAGCCUCGACGAGCUCCAGGCCCAGUCCUGGAACGAUGCACAGCAGGUGGUGGAGAUUCAGGGGGAUGUAGAGGAGGCUCUGAAGAGGGUCGUCGAGUUCUUGAGAGCUCCUGAUGAGAGCCGGGACUCGGUGGAACGUGUUUUCAUCACGGCUGAGCACGAAACGUCGCCAGCAGAGGGCAGCAACGCAGAGUCCUCGACGCCACUCGGGACACGUGACACCACUCACGCUGACUCCAUCGCUGUCAACUCCUUAUCAGUGCCUACCUUAUUACAGACCAAUCCAGACCUUAUUGGUCACCCCGUGCCCUUAUAAAUCUCAACGUUCAUCCGACAAAGUCCCAUCACAAGGGAGAAACACAAAUAAAUAGGCAAAAUUUUUUUUUUCCCCCGUAUUGAAACGGCUGCACGCCAUAUGGUAUUGAAAACUUCAUUUCCCUGCACAGGAAUACGGGAUAAACCAUAUCUUUUGACAAGUGUGUAACUGCUAAACAUUUUUGUUUUACCAGGUAAGGCCCAAUGAGCUGCUCCUUUUCAGAAGCGAUCUGACUACAAAUGAUCGCCUAACGAAGUGGCGUAUAAUGUGGAAAUGUACAGCAGCCAAAUACUCUCAAUGCAUGUCCAAAUGUGGAGGGGGAAAAUCGGAGGCCCUGGAGAAAAAGCCACACGACCAGGGGGACAGCAUGCAAAUUCCAAAAUACAGG